UUACUAGGGUUUAUCGCAUCCCCUUCUCCCUCCCUCAGCUCUGUAACCAUGGAGAAUCCCUCACCCGCACCUCCAUCAACUACUCAAUGCUGGAGUAACAUAGUAAAGAACCACCAACCAUCACCACCGCCAGCACCAUCACAGCAACAGCAAGACCAGUUGUAUGUGGAGAGUUGCAAGUCGACACACGGCAUAUCAGUGGCGGUUAUUGAUGCAAACGCCAUCAUACAGGGCGGAGAGAAGCUCAACAACUUCGCCGACAAGUUCGUCACCGUCCCUGAAGUCCUCGCUGAGAUUCGCGAUCCUGUUUCUCGCCAUCGACUUGCUUUCAUUCCUUUCUCAAUUGAUUGCAGGGAACCCUCCCCUGAUUCCCUCAAUAAAGUUAUCAAGUUUGCGAGAGCAACAGGAGAUUUACAGACCCUAUCUGAUGUUGAUCUUAAACUCAUUGCAUUGACAUAUACAUUGGAGACACAACUUCACGGGACUAAACAUAUUAGGGAUGCGCCACCCCCUGUCCAUACAGUCAAUGUGAAGAGGCUGCCCGAAAAGGACAUGCCAGGGUGGGGUUCUAAUGUUCCUAAUUUGGAAGAAUGGGAAGCUUUGGAACAAGAAACUGGAGAUGGGAUAGAUCCCAGCUCGAAAAUUCUUCCUUUAAAAGACAUAAGCUUGAACGUUAUGCCUGCUGAUGACCAAUCUGAAGAUGGUUCGACGGGGAUUGGAGGGGAAGCAAAUUCUGAGAAUUUUGAAGAUGUUGAACAUGGUUCGAGGAAGCCCAGGAGAUUUCCACCCAAGAAAAAAGACAUAAAUCUUGAAGGGAAAAAGAUGGUUGCUGGCGGAAUUGAUGCAUCGCAGGGACAAUUUGAUGAUAAUGCUGGUGAUUGGAUGCCUGCUGUUAGUCGAAGUACUCAUAGAAGAUAUCUUAGAAGAAAAGGUAGGCGUGAAUUUAAUGAAGCAUUAUUAGAGAAAGAUAGCCAGCAAGAUCUAGAGAAAAGUAUGGAUGACAGCACUAUUGAGGUAGCUAGUGUCCCAGAUCAAGUGUUACAUCAAAGUUUGAUAUCUGAGGAGAGUAUGUUGACAGAGGUGAAGAACUGUGAUGGUGAUGUUUCCUUGAUUUUAAAACAAAUGAGACUGGAAGAAGGUUCACUGGAGGCUGCUCAAGGUGAGAAAGGAGAGAACAGUACCUCUGCAGAGACAGAGAUUAACGAUUCUAGGGACAUGGAAGCUUCCUUAGAUCACAUUGAAAACAUUGAUGUUGAGACGAGAAGAGUUGAUAUUGCCAGUGCAGAAUCAGAUCACUUGGAGAUCUCAAGCCAGAUUCACGAAAGUGUUGAUGCAUCAUAUUCAGAUGGUAAUGAUAGCGAGCAAAGCUGGAUGGUCAGAUCCUUAUCUGAGUCUAGUGUAGCUUGUGUAACUAGUGACUUUGCAAUGCAGAAUGUACUUCUGCAAAUGGGCUUACGACUGCUGGCACCUGGAGGAAAUCAAAUCCGCCAGCUGCAUAGGUGGAUACUGAAAUGCCAUGCCUGCUAUACUGUCACAGCUGAAAUUGGGAGGAUAUUUUGUCCUAAGUGUGGAAAUGGCGGCACUUUAAGAAAGGUUGCUGUAACAGUUGGUGAGAAUGGAAUUGUUUUGGCUGAUCAUAGGCCACGGAUUACUCUGCGUGGUACAAAAUUUUCACUGCCUUCACCACAAGGUGGGAGGGAUGCCAUCACUAAGAAUCUCAUUCUGCGCGAGGAUCAGCUACCACAAAAGUUCCUCUACCCUAAGACGAAGAAGAAAGUGAAUAAGGAGGGAGAUGACAUCUUCUCGGUUCGGGAUGACAUCUUUGGCCACCAUAAUGAUAAAAAAACUCCUUUCCGGCCUCCCAUAAGGCAAGCAUUAGCAGUUUUUAGUGGGAAAAGGAAUCCAAAUGACAAUCACUAUGCUCGUCCUAAGCACUGAUGUUAGCUUUUGAUUGUCUUUUUUUUUUUAAUUUGACUUGGAAUUGUUGUCUACUCUGGUUUAUUUAAAGUUGCUGCUUGCGAAAUGAUUAUCAACAUUUAUGUUUGAGUCUAGUGAGAAGUUAAUAAUUGUCAUGUACUGAAAGUUUGUGCUCCGAAAGAGCACGGUUUUGGUAGUUUUGUGCGAUUGAAAUGAUACUCGAGCUGCAUUUGUUCCAGCAA